UAGGUUCGCCUCGCACAGCCUGAACGACACGAACGCGGCACGCUGCUACACCGGUUAUUAUAUUAAUUCUAUGUGCAUUGCACAGUGACUAUUGUCGCUAAUUCACUAAUUAGGCACAAAUUUAAAUUCAAAAUGGGUCACGAAAAUAUUCACUAUUCUCAUCCACGCAAAUACGGCCAAGGAUCAAGAUCCUGCCAUGCGUGUUCUAACAGGCACGGAAUAAUCCGUAAAUAUGCUCUCAAUCUGUGCCGUCAGUGCUUCAGAGAGUAUGCGGCUGACAUUGGAUUUAAAAAGUUGGAUUAAGUUACAAACCAAAUAAACUGAACUUGUCAAAGGAGCAGAUUUUACAUUCAAAGUUGUUAAUUAUUAGUAUCAAGUCAGAAUGUUAAGACUGUACUAACAAGAAUUCAGUAAAAUGGUUCGUAAAAACA